GGAGUGUGUGACAGUGUGUGAGAGUGUAUGAGAGUGUGUGAGCGGUCCCGCCCCGUUCACUGUUUAUCUGCAGGGGCGUGUGUGUGUGUGUGUGUGUGUGAGAAAGUGAAUGAGUGUGGAGGCCAAACCCCCCUCUCAACACUACAGAGAGAAAGAGGGAGAGUUGAGGGGGUAAGAACGUAAAGAGAGAGAGAGAGAGAGAGAGAGAGAGAGAGAGAGGGAGAGUAAAGGGCCUGAGGGAAGCUAUGAAGCAGCUGUGGAGUCCCUGUUUGAAGUAAAACACCUCUGGAUUUAUCUUCCGCUCGUUGAGACGGACGGACGGGCGAGUGGACGGACAGACAGACGGACGGUGAAUGAUGGUCAGAUAGAAGAUCGGAGAAGCUGCAGUGAUGUCGUUCUUUGGCCUCGACUGUGUGAAGAAGAAAGAGAAAGAGACGGAGCGGAGGAUCCGAGCGAACGACAGGGAGUACAACCUCUCCUUCAGAUAUGCGACGAACGCCAUCAAAACCUCCAAAUACAACCUGCUGACCUUCCUGCCCCUCAACCUGUUCGAACAGUUCCAGAGGAUCGCCAACGCCUACUUCCUCUGCCUGCUCGUCCUGCAGGUGAUUCCUGCGAUCUCCUCACUGUCCUGGUUCACUACUGUCGUUCCUCUGGCCCUUGUACUGACGGUCACUGCGGUCAAAGAUGCUAUCGAUGAUAUAAAUCGGCACAAGAGUGACCGGCAAGUCAACAACCGCAAGGCCCAAGUGCUCAUCAACGGAGAGCUCAGAAGUGAGAAAUGGAUGAACGUUCAAGUCGGUGACAUCAUCAGGCUGGAGAACAACCAGUUUGUGACAGCAGAUCUGUUGCUCUUAUCAAGCAGUGAGCCUCUGAAUCUGGUGUACAUUGAGACCGCUGAGCUGGAUGGGGAGACUAAUCUGAAGGUGAAGCAGGCUCUGACUGUAACAGGAGAGAUGGGGGGAAGCAUCGAGGCCCUGGCUGCUUUCAAAGGGGAGGUCUGCUGUGAAGCUCCUAAUAACCGUCUGGACCGGUUUACGGGCACUCUGGUGUGGAAGGAGCAGAAGUAUCCUCUGGAUAAUCAGAGCGUGCUGCUGAGGGGCUGCACUCUCCGGAACACUGACUGGUGCUUCGGCAUGGUGCUGUUCGCAGGUCCUGAUACCAAGCUGAUGCAGAAUUGUGGGAAAUCGAGUUUUAAGAGGACCAGCAUCGACCGCCUGAUGAACGUCCUCGUGCUCUUCAUUUUUGGGUUUUUGGUGUUGAUGUGUAUUGUCCUGGCUGUGGGCCAUGGCAUCUGGGAGUACUAUGAAGGGUCAAAGGUCACGGGCUUCGUCCCGAGGGAGGAGACCACGGGCCCGGCAUUUUCUGCCUUCCUCACGUUCUGGUCCUACAUCAUCAUCCUCAACACUGUGGUGCCCAUAUCGCUCUAUGUCAGUAUGGAGGUGAUCCGGUUAGGAAACAGUUACUACAUUAACUGGGACAGGCUGAUGUAUUAUAGCCGCAGCGACACUCCGGCUGAAGCUCGGACCACCACUCUGAACGAGGAGCUGGGACAGAUCCGUUACAUCUUCUCUGAUAAAACCGGCACUCUCACACAGAACAUCAUGACCUUCAACAAGUGCUCCAUCAACGGGAAAACCUACGGAGACGUGAUUGACCACUACUCAGGACAGAGAUUGGAGAUUUCAGAGGACACGGUUCCGGUGGAUUUCUCCUUCAACUCUCUGGCCGACUCUAAGUUCCAGUUCUAUGACAGCAGUCUGCUGGAGGCUGUGAAGCUGGAGACAGUGGAAGUUCACAACUUCUUCAGACUGCUGGCGCUCUGCCACACCGUCAUGGCCGAGGAAAAAAACAACGAUCUGGUGUAUCAGGCUCAGUCUCCAGAUGAGGGCGCUCUGGUGACGGCGGCGCGUAACUUUGGUUUUGUUUUCCGCUCGCGGACUCCGGAGAGUCUGACUAUUGUAGAGAUGGGCGUCCAGCGCAGCUACGAGCUGCUGGCCAUCCUCGACUUCAACAACGUACGAAAGAGAAUGUCUGUCAUUGUGCGUUCUCCUGAAGGAACUCUAUCUCUGUACUGUAAAGGAGCAGACACUAUCGUCUAUCAGAGGCUGCAUCAGUCCUGCGGUAAACUGAAGGAGGUCACAACAGAGCACCUUAACGAGUUUGCUGGUGAAGGAUUGCGGACUCUGGUUCUAGCCUAUAAGGAUCUGGAUGAAGAUUAUUUCUCAGAAUGGCUGCAGCGCCACCAUGAGGCCAACACUGCACUGGAGGGACGAGAGGACAAACUCAACGCGCUUUAUGAGGAGAUCGAGAAAGACCUGCUGCUAAUCGGAGCUUCAGCUAUAGAGGACAAGCUGCAGGACGGCGUGUCCCAGACCAUCGAGCAGCUGGCCAAAGCGGAUAUCAAGAUCUGGGUGCUGACAGGAGAUAAGCAAGAGACGGCUGAGAACAUCGGCUACUCCUGUAAUCUGCUGAGGGAGGAGAUGACAGACAUUUUUAUUGUUGCUGCUCACUCGACUGAGGAUGUCCGGCAGGAGCUGAGAGACGCUCGAGCGAAGAUGCGUCCGAAUGCAGGAGAGGACGCCUUCUUCAUCCCGGAGAGCAUUCUGGGUAACGACCCGAAGGUGGUGCAGGACGAGACAGUGAGCGGAGAGUUCGGACUGGUCAUCAAUGGACACAGCCUGGCGUAUGCUCUGGAGAGCAGUAUGGAGCUGGAGUUCCUGCGGACGGCGUGUAUGUGUAAGACGGUGAUCUGCUGCAGGGUCACUCCACUGCAGAAGGCUCAGGUGGUGGAGCUGGUGAAGAAGUACAAACAAGCGGUCACUCUGGCUAUCGGAGACGGAGCCAACGACGUCAGCAUGAUUAAAGCGGCUCAUAUCGGCGUGGGUAUCAGUGGUCAGGAAGGCAUGCAGGCCGUUCUGUCCAGCGAUUUCUCCUUCGCUCAGUUCCGCUUCCUGCAGCGCCUCCUGCUGGUGCACGGCCGCUGGUCCUACGUGCGCAUGUGCAAGUUCCUGCGUUACUUCUUCUACAAAAACUUCACCUUCACCUUCGUCCACUUCUGGUACGCCUUCUUCUGCGGCUUCUCCGCCCAGACGGUUUAUGAUGAAGGCUUCAUUGCUCUCUACAAUUUGGUGUACACGUCCCUCCCAGUCUUGGGCAUGGCCCUGUUUGACCAGGAUGUUAAUGACGGCUGGAGUCUGGAGUUUCCUCAGCUGUAUGUUCCGGGUCAGCUGAGUCUGUACUUCAGUAAGACGGCGUUUAUGAAGUGCGCACUGCACAGCUGCUACAGCUCACUGGUGCUGUUCUUCGUUCCCUACGCCACCGUGUACGACUCCAUGCGCAGCGACGGAAAGGAAGGAGCCGACUACCAAUCAUUCGCCCUGCUCACUCAGACCUGCCUCACCUUCACUGUGUGCCUCCAGCUGAGCUUGGACCUGUCCUACUGGACAGCAGUUAAUCAUCUGUUUGUUUGGGGCAGUUUGGGGAUGUAUUUUAUUGUGACGUUCACCAUGCAGAGUGACGGACUGUACCAGCUUCACCCACCAUCCUUCCGUUUCAUAGGUACAUCUCGUAACUCUCUGGAUCAGUUCAACGUUUGGCUGACGGUUUUCCUGACGGCCGUACUGUGUGUUCUACCAGUGCUGGUUCAUCGAAUCAUCUUCAUCCAGCUUAAACCCACCAUCAACGACAAGGUGAGAUUUAAGGUCCAUCAGAAGAAAGACCAGCGUCCUUCUCCUCAGCGCCGGACCAAAAUCCGUCGCUCCAGCACCCGUCGCUCCGGCUACGCCUUCUCUCACGCACAGGGCUACGGUGACCUCGUGACCUCCAAAUGGUUUCUCCGACGAUCUGCAGCCCCCCGUUCCACAGGCUUCACCCCGAAGGGCCGCUCGCCUGGAUUCAAACCCACAGGACGAUCGGCCGGUUACAGUCCAUCCAGCAAAGAGCAGAACAACAAACAGGAGGUGGAACCCACAGAACUGCAGCAAUACCGCACUGUCCAAGACUCCACCUUCUGAUAGGUGGGGUCAGCGCUGUAUGCAGAGGGGACAGAGACAUAAGGAGGAGGGGCAGGUUUCAGGAGGGGUGCUGUUCUGGCUGUUGAUGCUUGGACCCCUAUAAUUGCUUAAACGAAUGAACACAUGAAAUUCUAACCAUAAAAACUUUCACUAACAUGCUACUCUGACCUCUCUGGGAGUGACAAUUUCUGACCUUUCAGUUCUUUAGGAAAUGAUAACUACUUACGCAACACACCAAGAUUUGGAAAUACGCCAAAAAGUAACCACAUACAUGGUUGAAUAUUACUAUUAUUAGAACCUUUUUUUUUAGGAGUUGAUGUAUUUUGACACCACUUUUUGUGAAUGAUGAAAGUGUUAGCAACGCAUGGUUAGCUCCCUCACACUCGUCAUCAUUUUUGACUCAGCAAAAAAUAGGUAUAAAUCUUAAAUUGAAUUAUUUAUGUGAGAAUAAUUAAUUGACUAACUUACUGAAAGGCUAUAAUUUCCUGUGUUUGACUCUUCACCACUAUGGUGCACAGCAGCACCCUCAGCACCCCUCCUCCAGCACCUCUGUUCAAGAACCAACAUUACUGAUUUUCAAAACGAGGUGUUUACAUGGUUCUGCGCUGAACUGCUGUUGAUAAUGAACGUUACGCUAACGGGCUUUUAUACACACACUAAGGAGAAACCAACACGUUUCCUAGCAAUAUGAAAAAAAUGGAGAGACUGUUUAGCUCUACACGCCACGACACACAAGAACUAUGCAAACUAGAAAGCUUAUAUCUUUACUACUUUUACACAAAUGCCCACUUAAUGUACCCACUUAAUGGAACAGGCAAGCUUCCGAAAAUUCAGUUAUUCAGAAAUUGGGAUUAGCAUCUUUUAAUUUAUCAUCAGGGCCGGCUCUAGCCUUUUGGGGGGCCCUAAGCAGGAUGUUUUGAGGGGGUCUUUACUAGCUGAUUAGGUAGAGCCGGCACUGAUUAUCAUAUCCUUUUUAUAGUGCUGAAACUAUGUGACACCAAAGACUGGAGAAAUCUUUUUAAUUUUUUUUUUCACAAAACAAGAACAUGUACUUUGAAAUGACUUCACGUUCUACACUCCUACCAACCAGCGCAUUAUUGUAUGACCAGAAAGUGCCUUGAAGUUCAUCCUGUUUAUGCAGAGAUGAUUAUUUUUAUCAUUCAGCCAUUAAAAAUAUGGCGGUUGGAACCAGAGAUGGCGACUCAAGUCAUUUCUUGACUGAUUUGCAACUCAACUCAAACUCUUGACUAAAGACGAGCAAAUUUGUAACCUGAGGAAGAAAACAUGAGCAAAAAAAUUACCAACAUUAAUGCAGAAAAUAAAAGUAAAACAUUUAGUCAUUACUGAAAGCUGCUCUGCAGCUCUCAGCAGUGUCAGGUUUGAUUUGACUUCAAACAAUGAGCCAAACCUUCAGUCCACUGAAGAGAACGGAAACAAAAUUAGAUGACUGGCUAGCACGUUGUUUGGUUAGUGAGCUUACUGACUUUCACGAUAGCCAAUUUAGCUAAAGUUUUGUCUGAAUUCGGUUUUACGGGAUUAUUUUUACACAGCGGCCUGUAACGCAUAAAGAUUUGUAAUUUUGUCUAAAAAUUCUUUGUGUUUUUAUAUUCAAACUGCCACUCUGAGAUCAUUUGCUGUAAAGCAUCUGAUGGUGGAUUAAAGAGGAAUCGAGUAAGAUUUCAUGUAUGUGUGUAUGGAUGUAUGUAUGAGUGAAUGUAUGUGUGAGUAUGAACUUGUUGUACGGCUGGAAUCUCUACUGUUUUAUGACAAUCUUCUUAUUUAUGGUGACCUGUACUGUAAGACUUAAAGGUUUGUUCGUUAUCAAAGCUGAAUGUAAGUGAUGUAAAGAUUAAUAUUCACUCAUCUCCUACAUAUAAGUUAUGCAUGCUGACUUAAUACUAUUCAUUUUUUUAUCAUUUUUCAAUUUAUUACCUUUCAUAUGAGCUCAUAUUUUUAUUUUUUAAAUAUGGGAAACAAAACUUUGGUGGACAAAUGGCAAAAUGGCAUUUCCAUGUUCAAACUGUUUCACAAAAUGUUUUUAUGCAAAGAUUUGUAUAAAUAAAAUACUUUUCUACUGU